AUGAGUGAGAAGAACAAUGAUGGCCCGAAAGGGACACCGGCGAAAACCCCAAAAGAGACUCCAGAACAAUCUUCGGGGAAGGUCUCAAACAAUGCAAAUACUGGCUCAUUUGCCAGUCUACUGUUCUCCAAGGUUGGAGCCACAAAGGAGAAGAAUAAGCAGGUCUUCAUGAUGAGAGUUCCCGAAGCUGUCAUAGAGACACAAGACCUGAAACAUCUAAAAUCUCUGAUGACGAGUCAAAAGGAUGCAAAGGAAUGUGCGUUUCUCCCGUUUUGCAAUCAAGCGGGUGCAGUCGUCGACAAUAGCUGGAAAAUCCAGGAUUAUGUCGAUACUGUGAAGUCCGCCGACAAGGACAAAAAGCCCAAGACCUAUGAGUUUUACCUCUUCGAGAAGACUGUUUUGGAUAGUAAAAUUAUCCCAAAGAUUGAACUAAAACUACCGGAGGAUGUGAAAUAUCUUGAUCCUGCCGUGUUGAAGAAACUCGAAUCAAGUAUCGAUCUAGCAUCCUGGAGAGCAGCGAAAGGCAGCGGCCAAAACAGUGGCCCGGCGCAGCUGAAAGAGAAUGACUGGCAAAUAGUUGCUACAAGUAACUCCUUGUGCUAUGGACUUUCCAUCAUGCGAAUGAUAAAGGGAAGCGGCGAAAAAGCUGAAGGUAUCCCUAUUGGUGUGGCACGAGCACGUCAGCCAGCGUUCCAGAUUAAGGCUCGACAACUUAAGAUUUCAGAUCAGCCCGAGCCAGAGCUUCGAAUCCCAGACUUUAUUGUCGAUGACCAGUCUUACGUUUCAAUUUACGAGACUAGGAGCCAGUUCCAAUCUUCACUCUCUCAGUCAUCUAUUUCAACAUGGGAUAUCCUCCGAUCCGGGGCCAUGAGCUUCCUUGGUAACAGUAUUGGCACAUCAGCAGGGUACGCACAGUCAAAUUCAGAGAGGUCCUACGAAAUCAAAAAGGGCGAUACUGCUCGAAUGAAUAUUUCAUACAAUUUCCCGAGGGCUACUUUGAUACUUGACCAAUACAGCCUCGAACUCACAAAACAAUGUGAAGAUGAUUUGAAGCUAGUGAAAGAUAAGAUUUCAUUGGAGAACUUUUUGGAACUCUACGGUGAAUACUUCAGCAGAGAGGUCCAGGUAGGAGGGCGACUUUUUGCCUCAGAAGACUUUGAGUGGACUGGAGAGGGUAGUGGUUCUGAUGUCAAAAAAUCUAUGAAGAUCCAGGCAGCAUCCUCACUGAAGGGGGAGAUCAAAGGUGUUGGCGUGGAAGGCGGCGUGCAGGGCGGGUAUGGCCAGAGUUCUGGAACCGAACGAAAUGCCACUCAAGGCGCGAUGGAGAAUUCUCUGCAGUGGCAAGCAAAUGGUGGCGACACCCUGCUCUGCAACAACCCUCCCGAAUGGUGCCCAACAGUCGCUCCUCACCACAACUGGAGGAUUAUCAACAGAGCCGGAAACUGCCACUUGUUGGAUUUGAUAGCCAAAUUCCCGAAGCAGGGGAGGAUACAGAAAUUUAUAGAAAAAGAGGAGUACAAAGAAGUGAUUAGAUCGCUGCAGCCGAAGUCAGGCAGGAAAUUUUAUCUCCGGAACGAAGAUGAAUUCCAGUAUCUGACAGCUUAUUCACCAUCAAAAGUCCCGGCUGAGAUCAAGAAGACUAAACCUGCUGGCUCUAGCAGAGCGUAUGGAACAGCUAUGUUCUCACCAACAGCACCCGAGAGUGAAAAUUCUGGGCUGUACUUUGAAUUCGAAACACUUCAAGGCGAGCCAGUACACAAGAUUGAGUACGCCAAGCCAUAUGUUCUCAAAAAUUCUGCAACGGGGCGCUUUGUCAGUUUUGCGAGAGAAAGUGGAGCUUGGCUUGUUGCGAGCAAUAAGCCAACGGAUGAAUUCGUGUUUCUCGAAGGGAGCACGAGCACCGAGGGAGAGGUUAAUCAGCAAGAUCUCGUUUACCUUGGUAUAUCCCCGAUGACUGGCGAAGAACCACGGUUUGUAUCUAAAACAAUCAGCUGGCAUGGCAAUAAUGGCAUUCUCAGAGUCUCUGAAGGAUACAUGGUACGUUCUAUGACCCAACAGAAGGUCAGACAGAACCGGAAAUCGUUUAAACUCCUCUACCAAGAUCGGGAGAAGGCAUAA